UCUCUGUGAAAGUGGGAUCUCUGGAUGCCAAGAAGCUCAUGAAAGAGGAAGGAAUGAAAGCAGUCAGUUAGAGCUAGAUAUACUAGAUAAACUCUACAGCUAUAGCGAAUCUCGAACAGACUUUUAGACGCAACACUUUUCUGAGUUUGUUGAUUCCAGCGCAGACGGAGAGCCAUUGAGAGUGGGUGUGGCCUCCACGGCCACUCCCUCCUAAAGAGGGAUCACCUGCAGAGAGGGGGGCGGGGUGAGAGAGGUGUAGACAGGGCAGGACGCCGAGUUUCCCCUGAGGACUCGCGGAGCAGAAUCAGCUGUUCUUCCAGGGGAUCCAGUCUCCUCAUCGAUCCGCGUCUGCGUGGAGGAUGAAAGAACAGAAACCAGGAGCGCAACAGGCUUUCGACUGAUGGACAGUUUCCUUCCGCUUUCAUUGAGGAGCAGACAUUUUGCGCAUCUUCAUUAUUCAGUUCUUGUGUUUUUCCCUCUGAUAACGUGGAUCGUCAGUCUGUAGUUACAUUUGUGGAUCUCAAUGGGUUGGGCGCAGAUGCUCAGGAUCGCGCUCUGCGCAGUGAUGAGUCUGCAGAGCGCCGGCGCAAUGCGCACCUCAGGUUGCAGAGAGGGUAACUGCAGCACAAGCCCAGCCUCCCCUGCCUCGCCUUCCCCCUCUCCCCCUGCAGUCAUCUCCUCACAGGACUUCCUGGGUCAGUUUACCCAGGUGAGUUCGCCAAACAGCGGGGACCGUAAACACCGAGACGCCAGCGCCGUCCUGCCCUUCAUCGGGCUCACCGGCAGUGCAGAGCAAAGUCGGAACUGCUGUAAGAACGGAGGAACCUGCAUCCUGGGCAGUUUCUGUGCCUGCCCUCCGUUCUUCACCGGGAGGAGCUGUGAGUACGACACCCGAGUCAGGCGGUGUGGGUUUGUUCCUCAUGGUGAAUGGGUCCAAAAAGGCUGUUCUUACUGCCGCUGUGUCUAUGGAGUCCUGCACUGCUUCCCUGAUGUCUUUCACAAUGACUGUGAUGACUCGGAGGAGGUGGUGCGUUGGUACCAUUCGUCGGCUGCUGGGGGCAUCUCCACUGGACACUCCGUGUUGUUGCUGCUGCUCCUCGCCCUGCUGGGUUUGCUGUGAUGCUUUCUCCGGUUCAGGCUCAGUUUCAAACUCUGAGCCUCAGUGGAAGACGGACAAUGUUCUUUCACGCUGAGAGAAGCUGCUUCCUGAUGAUGGCCAACAAAGAUCCAGAUCUAAGGGGAGGUGGAUGUGAAACUGCACUCGGGUUCUGUCAUCAUUUACAGGAGUGUCUCCAACAAACGGAACCCUCUAGCAGUGGACUACCUUUGGAGGAUGGAAAAGAAGUGACGCUGAAGAUUGGAUUGACUGAUGUGAAGUGCAAGUUCUUCAUGAAAGGACGUUUGAAGUUUCUUUUUUGUCAUUUUUUCUUUUGGCACAUUUGGUGUGAUGUUCAGUUUUUAACAAAAAAAAUAAACAAUUUUAUUUAUGUG